AAACUCCACGGCAGAGAGCCAGAGAACAGUCAUGUUCUAUCGCUGGCUUGUCUUUGUUGUCCCACUCCUGGAUUUCCUUGCUGAUUUCUGUGUGGGGUUUGACGUCUGUAAUACACUGAUACAGGUGGAACACGAUCGGGACGAAAACAACAAAGUGUUGGCUUGCCGCUAUGAAAUACUAAAGUAUGAUCCUUCAGGAGUUUUUAUAAGAGAGACAGUGUCAACACCAGUAAACCAAACGCUAUGUCACGAGCUCCGGAGUGCCGAUACGUGUAAAUCAGACGGUACCCUGGUCACGUGUCAUCAUGUGCCUGAAUGGGAAAGAUAUCCGGUGCAUACAUUUUUACCACCAGCGGGAUGUACAUUUUCACAGAAUGUGCAAUGUGAAUUAGAGACAAUAUGUCCAAGUGUAACAGAGAAACCAGCAACAGUCACAUUUUCACAGACAACGGAGACUACUAGGGAAGAGGAAUACAAAGAUAUCAUGAACAAUCAAUCCAAAGUAACAAUAAAAACAGAUAUCAGUAGUCCUUAUAUUGAUGACGUAACAGUGGAGCGACGGGGAACAUUUCAAGACAGGGUAGCAACAGACACACCACCAUCAACAGGACAUUUUAACAAUGGAUCUGUAGUUACAUUAUUUUUGUCAUUUCUUAUAACUAUUAAUGUCAUUUUAAUGUGAUUAAUACGGUAAAACAGAUACGCUCUUAAAAGAGCGAA